AUGGGCUUAUUUGGUGGUAAUAAACGAGAUAAACAAGAAAAAGUUGAAAAAGAUGAUUAUUAUAAAUAUUCGUCGAAAAAUUAUCCAUCGGGUCGAAGUCCAUUUGUGCCGCCACAAGGUCCCUAUGGUCCACCAGCAUUACCACAAGCACCACCAUCUCCUUAUUUGAGUGGCGGUGGUGGUUAUUAUGGUGGAAAUGGUUUCGGUUAUCCAGGAGAACGUGAUUUUCAAGGCUAUGGACAACAAAAAGUUGGUAAAUAUGGAAAAUAUAAAAAUCUUUAUACACCAGCUAUGGGAGAUAUGGGUAUGAUGUUACCACCAUCAGCCAUGGCACAAGCACAACAAGCAGCUAUGAUGCAAAUGCAACCAAUGUUACAACAGUAUAUGCUACAAGGUGCAAAUGGUACCGGUAUUUCACCCGUAUUUGGCGGUGUUCUUCCACCAAUUACACUUCCAAUUCAAGCAGCACAACAAGCGGGUAUUUUGAAUCCUGCUGGUACACCACAAUUUGCUGCAUCACCAUAUGGAGCAGCCAUACCACAACAACAAUUAAUGAUGAAUCCCUAUGGUGCAACUGAUCCAAUGCAGGCUGCCGCUAUGGCACAAGCACAGGGAGCAUUUAACGCAUAUCAAAAUUAUGCACCUGAAUAUCAAUUUGGCGGUGGUUAUGGUUCUCAUAUUGGUUAUAUGCCAGCAUUUUGA